AUGGCGGUCUGUAUACUAGCAGCCGUUGCUACUUGCGUCAAGUUGCUCUUCAUUCCCGCCUACCGAUCCACAGAUUUUGAAGUGCAUAGAAACUGGCUUGCAAUCACUCACAGUUUGCCCAUUAAGAAAUGGUAUCUGGAGGAAACAUCCGAAUGGACCCUGGAUUACCCUCCCUUGUUUGCUUGGUUUGAGUACAUCAUGUCCCUAUUUGCAGGACAUUUCGAUCCAGCCAUGCUGGAGGUCAGCAACCUGAACUACGCCAGCAGCCAAACUGUGCUCUUCCAGCGGAUGUCUGUCAUUGUUACAGACUUUGUGUAUUACUUUGCUGUUAAAGAAUUUCACCUCCUAACACGUGGGCAGAAGAUGGAAGGCUUGGGAGGAAUAGUUGUUUCUAUUUUGCUGAUAUUUAAUGUUGGCUUGUUCAUUGUUGAUCAUAUCCUUUUGUCGUGGAUAGUUGUUGUGCUCAGGAGGCUGGGCCCACUUGUUGAUUUUACUUUAUUUGAUGUUUAUUCCACACAUGCAACCAUGAUAUAUACCUAUAUUCAUUUCCAGUACAAUGGCAUUUUGUUUGGAAUUAUGCUGCUGUCGGUCACAAGAAUGCUUCAGGAGCGGUUUGUUGAAAGUGCCUUCUGGUUCGCUGUUCUACUGAACAUGAAACAUAUAUUCAUAUAUGUGGCACCUGCCUGGUUCAUCCACUUACUGCGCAACUUUUGCUUCCAAGGUAACAAGCCAGUCUCAUUGACCAGUUUUUCCUUGCACAACUUCCUUACUUUGGCCUCUGUUGUUGCUCUGGUGUUUGGCGCUUCAUUCGGGCCUUUUAUUUACAUAGGUCAGCUACCUCAAGUAUUAUCUCGGCUGUUCCCGUUCAAGAGAGGCCUGGUGCAUGCCUAUUGGGCCCCUAACUUCUGGGCCUUGUACAGUGGUGUGGACAAAAUCCUGGCCACAGCAGCUGUGAGUGCUGGACUGGUCAACCAGAGUAGUGUCCCCAUGGCAUCCAUGACAGGUGGCAUGGUACAGGAAUACAAUCAUGUCAUGCUGCCGUCUGUCGCACCGCUGUCGACUAUGAUCCUUGUGCUGGUGGCCAUGGUGCCGGCCUUGUUUUUCCUGUGGGAGCAGAAAACGGCUGCAGCCUUUACCAGAACCAUUGUUCUGUGUGCCUUCACAUCCUUCUUGUUUGGCUGGCAUGUCCAUGAGAAGGCUGUGCUCAUGAUCAUCAUUCCAAUGACGUUAAUGAUCAUGCGAGACAAGCAGUAUGCCAGGUUGUAUCUUAUCAUGGCAACCGUUGGCUUUUACUCCUUGUUUCCUUUGCUGUUCAGCCCAUUUGAAAAUGUACUGAAGGUGUUGCUUCUGUUACAAAGCAGCAUUUUUGCAUUCCUGUGUAUGGAAGUAAUCUACAGCUACACCCUUGGCGACAUGAAGAUCACAAGUCUGGAUCACUUUCGACUACCCCUGCUGAACCUCCCAGAAAGUUUCUACAUCCUGGGUUUGAUCCCCCUUGGUGUAUUCAACAGUGCCGGGGUCUGGUUACUGGGCAUCAGCUCCCGGUUACCAUUCUUGCCACUGUUGCUGACUUCCCUGUACUGUUCUGUCGGUGUCAUCUACUGCUGGGUGGAGUUUUAUGUGUUGUCUUACAGUAGGACGUCAGCGACAGGCAGUGGGGAUAUCAGGCAUAAAAGGAAGAAGUUAUAG